AAAAUUAAGCGUUAAUUAUCGAUUAGUUUAAUUUUUUGACGUCAUCGAGGUGCGAUUAAACACAAAAUUAAAAUUUAAUUUUUUGUUAAAUUAAUUCGCUAUUAACGACAUUAAUCACACGAUUAAACAUCAUAUCGGUUUACAAAAGCGAAAUUACGCUUAAUUAAAAUGUUAAUCACACGAUUAACUUAAUCGAAGUAGCGACUUCAAUUAACUCGCUAAUUCGCCCGCUUUGACGCUUCGCGUAUUUGUGACGAGUGAGCAAAAUUGGUGAAAAUAAAGAAAAUCCAACGAUUAUUACAAACUUUCGGGAUGUUUGAUUUAUCGGAUAUAUCGUCCUCAUCUUCAUCAUCGGACGAAGAAAACAUUGUUCAAAGGAUUCCGCGGAGGAGAAGAGCUUUAAAGGAUAGAACAAAUCCAUUUGAACUAUAUGACGAACAGGAAUUUAAAAUGCGAUUUCGGUUCAACAAAGAAACAAUUCUGUGGCUGCGUGAUAUUCUUGGUGCGGAAUUAGAACCUACCUGCAAUCGGCGAAAAUCGAUUUCUGCCUUAAACCAGGUAUUGUUAACGAUGCGAUUUUUGGCAACAGGGGCCUUUCAACAAUUAGUGGGCGAUACGUUUGGUGUGCAUAAGUCAACGGCCUGCAUUAUAAUUCAAAGAGUUGUGCGAAAAAUUGCAGCGUUAAAACCACAAUACAUCAAGAUGCCAACACAAGCGGAAUUACAAAAUGUAAAACUGGGAUUCUAUAGAUUACGUAGAAUGCCCAAUGUGAUUGGCGCAAUUGACUGCAGUCACAUACGGAUUGAAUCUCCAGGUGGACUCGAAGCCGAAGUUUUUAGAAAUAGAAAAAAUUACUUUUCUAUUAAUAUUCAAGCCGUAUGUGACGCUAACAUCAAAAUUUUAAACAUUGUGGCAAGAUGGCCAGGUAGCGUCCACGACAGCACCAUCUUCAACGAUUCCGCUUUAUGUGCUGAUCUCGAAAAUAGCCGCUAUGGCGAUGGAUUUUUAUUGGGUGAUAGUGGAUAUGCCUGCCGCUCAUUUAUUUUAACUCCACUAAUUCGUCCACAAACAGCACCAGAGACAGCAUACAACAACUGCCACAAAGCUACAAGGAACCCCAUAGAAAGAUGUUUUGGCGUCCUUAAGAAACGAUUUCCUUGCCUCUCUAUUGGUUUGCGGACAAAGAUGGAGACAACACUGACAACUAUCGUCGCUUGUUGUGUUCUCCACAAUCUAGCAAUUAUUGCUAAUGACGAGGAACCUCCAAGAGACCCAGAGAUUGUCCUACCACCGGAGGUUAAUGAAAUACACGUACAAAACAAUGUUCGAAUUUUUAAUAAUGAAAAUUCAGCAGUUCGAACAUCUUUAAUUCGAACGCAUUUUGGAUAAAAACAAAUUUGAACAAAAAAACAAAACAAAAAAGUCGUUCCACUAUUACAUAUUUAAUAAAAUUUUGUGUUAUAUUGAAUUAAAGUCUGCCAUUUCUAUUGAAACACAACUUACUGAUCGUAAA